AUGGCAGAUGUGUCGAACUCCUUCUCAGCUUGGAAAACCCUACCAAAGGAAGAACUUUCGCUGUGCAUCGCAAUUCGACGCUCAGAGUCACCUCCACACCUCUAUGAGGCGCUUAUCAAAUAUUAUGAGAAAAUUGGUAUCGCAGAAGUUAUUCGCUUCCGUGAAUAUAACGAUCGACCAGGCCAAGAAUGGCAACUUGUUGGCACACAAGGAAGCAAUACACUGAAAUAUCAUCUACCGACAUUCGUUUUCUACCAAACCAACAUCAUGCGAAGAAGUCCCAAAUGUGCGAUUGAUCCCAGAAGAGUACUUCUAAUGUGGGUUCAUCAUGUCGAAGUGUACUUCCCAGGGUACACCGGAUACGAGUUACCACCAGAAAAGGCAAUAUUACGGCACUACCGUGACCUCACUCGUGCUAAUCUCACCCGAAGAUUGAGACCGAUCACGCACUGGUUCAUGUAUACGAAAAUUGGCUACCCGGCUAAAUUGAUGCCAUUAUUGUAUCGUCAAGUUGAGACCACAUUAAACCAAUUAUCUGCGCAUUGGGGCCUUCGCCGAGCUCCGCAGCCCGAAAGUAGCUACCGAAAUGCUCCUCCUCAUCUACCGUCAGUCCGUUAUGAUCUGACUGCAGAUGAUGGCUACAAUUCGGAUUUCUCCGGUACCUAUCCUUCUCGCUCUGAUAUUCCUGCUGCAUUUGGACUAUUUUGGCUACGUGAACAUUUUUCGCAGAAGAAUCGAGUUAACAAAGGAUUUUCGCUUAGUUUGGAUGGAAAAGGAAAAGAACGAAAACAGCUGAUGAUGUUCCGAGAGUUGGAAGAAUGGAAGCCUCAUCUACAAGGUGCGGAGAGUGUCGGUGUUGGUAUUGAGAAGAAAAUCACUGCGAGUGUCCCACAUUUCACUGACACCACUUUGGGAUCAUCAUCUGGACCUGAACCGAUGAGCAGCCAAACACUAUCCCGAGUAUCAUCGACGCUUUCAUCAGAGUCACUUGUGGCCCUGUUUCCGUUUGAUUCAGAUAUUUUUCGUCCAACAACUAUGAAAAAGGAGAACUCUAAAAUAGAAUCGAAGAAGAAAGAUGAAAUCGCAAUGUCUUUGAGGAAUCCAAACAUCGUCGCCUUGUGUCCUCUACCAAGGAUAAUCACUAGUGUAUCUCCCAAAAAAGCACCCGGAUUCUUCGUAAUGUCUGACGAUGCUACCUUUAAUUUCUGGCACACAUUAAACCUUCGUAAUGUCAUGCAUCCUACUGGGAUCACUUACCAGGAUUACACAGGAAUGUGGUGGCCAAGCCCAUACGGAAAACCCGCAGUUGAACUUGCUGUAAUGUUGAUCAUAGACAAGUACAGAAAUGAUUUAUCGGUACAAAAAAUGUGGAAGAAAUAUCAAGAGGGCCUAUUAGCUAACGGUUUCAUUCGGAGUGCCCAUCGACAACUCACUGAAGUGGACGGUUGGUGUAUGAGCGAUCUGUAUUAUGUGCCAGCGACAGAGCUUCAUUACUUCUCUGAACUUAUGAUUAUUUUCUUUGAAGCGAGGCUUUUUCACGAAAUCGCAAUCUCGAAAUUCCUCUAUACUGUGAAACAUUACAGGCUGGACCCAUCAGAAUACAAAUAUUUGUGGGAACAAGAAAGAGAGAAGUGGGCAGAGUUAUACAGCGAGGAUUUAGUACUCCUGCAUCCUAUCAAAUUCAGUCUGUUUGUCGACUUGGAUCAAAGAAGCCAAUUUUGCAACACUGUUGUGCGGACAUUCAAGAAAGCCUUAUUUGAUGGCAUAGGAAUCCUUAAAACGCUCCAUUAA